UUUUUUUUUUUAAACGACGCCCUUGGCUCACGACUCGCAGCCACGUGCAUGACGGUGGCCGCUGAGCACGCGCGACGCACGGGCGGCUCAUCCUGCGUUGUGGAGGCAGCGGCGAGGGUUGGCAGAUCGUGCACAGGUGUUGCGAAACUCCCUUCCCGUGGUCGUGCGAGAUGCCGUACGCUGGCUUGCCGGGAGAACGAGAUACAGCAGAUGUGGGCUCCACCUGUUCCAUCUGUAGGGGAUCGAGUGUUUUCCCUGGGUGCUCCCGUUUCCUCCCAUAUGUAAACACUCAUCCAUUGGCUGAAAACAGCUCAAUAUAUGAAGGACUGCAGAGCUUGGGCAAUUGUUGGCGGAUGGUUCGCCACCUGCCCGCCUGUCCGCGUUGUCUCGCACGUCUUGAGUCAUUGUCUUCCAGUGAGCGAAUAACUGUGCAGCACGGCGUUACAAGAUGAUCGUGUCGUCAUUUUUUGUUAUGGGUCUAUGUUACGAUGCGGUCGGUCAUGAAGGGACAGGUGGACAGACAAUCUCGUGAAAGCCUUGGAAGAUAGGACUGCACAGUGAUGGAGACAGACAGAAGAUGGGAAGAGAGCAAGCCACAGACCAACAAGCCAGCCGGUGCCUGUACAUUUGAAACAAUGAUGAUAACGAUGGCAAAAUGAUGAUUAUUUCAAUCAAGUGUCAUGUAAAUAUAUAUUACAACAUAAAACACCUCAAGUUGCCGUACAAAAGUACACGAGAACUUAAGUGGACUUUUUCAUGUUGUAAAAAAUGUCAGCAAUGGAAUGAUCAGUGGCUAGAUGGGGGGAGAAUGGUUGGGUGAGGGCAUCAGGCAUAGCAUGAUUCACCACAAGAGGAAAUAGAAAUAGCGACCAAGAGGCUGGCAUCAUCUCUCCUGGUUCUCGCAAAACUUUUCGGAGAAAUGACCGCUAGGUUCCUCACACCACGCAGCAGCAGAAGGAGAAGUUGCCACGCAGUAGCAUUUUGGGGGGCGGUGAGGGGGCGGACGAGAUCAUGUAAGGUUUGAGAACGCGAACGCCAUUAGAUAUCAUAACAAGGGUAGAUAUCAGGGUGGUGUUUUUUUGUUGGUUUUUAAUUCGACAAGAACUCGGUCCAGAGAGCGAGCAGUAAAACGAGAAGGAGGCACAGACAUCCUACGGGCUGCAGAUAUUCGUUUUUAGCUUGUGCAUUAUGACCAUGACGACAGGGAUGGUCGAUGUCGAGGAUGAUGGAAAACAGCUGCUCAGACUUGACAACGCAGAGCCGCCUUGAAUACAGAUCUCGAGCAGCUUGUGUUUUCCGGACGGGCAGGAGGAGGAUGUACGGUUACAUCGCCCGUGCACGGUCCCAUCUCUCUCGUGUGGAAGAAAAUUAUCACGCUUCCUUCAGCGAUUCUCAUUCUCUUCACGCACUGAAUUCAUCGGUUGCGUAAGGGUGGCGCGUGAUCUCGUGACAACAGCUCGAAUAGAAUAUUCCUUUGCUUUAUCUAGUGUUUGUGCCAUGGUCGUAGCGCGAGGCUAUCAAUAGAGGGAAUGCCGGGGCCCAAAGGAGAUCGUGGAAUGCCUGGGCAAGGAGAGAAGGGAGACGCUGGGACCCCGGGACCGUCAGGGCCCAGAGGCGAGGAUGGAAUUCCUGGGACAAAGGGAUUAAAAGGGGACGACGGAGAAAAGGGCGAAAAGGGAGCAAUCGGAGCCAACGGGAAGGUUGGACCCAAGGGCACGACGGGGCUUCAAGGGGCCCCCGGCAACCCUGGCAUGAACGGAGCGAAGGGCGACGCCCCCGUCGUGAAGAAGUCCGCGUUCAGCGCGAGGGCGAGCGUCGGCAAGAGCUUCCCCAAAGCCCCCGGGGCGAUCGUCUUCGACGUGGUCGUGACGAACGACUUCGGUCACUACGACGAGGGCAGCGGCAGGUUCAGGUGCGCGAUCGCGGGCCACUACUUCUUCUCGUUCCACGCCGCCGUCGCCGUGAAGUCCCUGCAGGUCGUCGUCAUGCUCGGCGACAAACCGCAGGUGACUUUUUACGACCACUUCUCCGGCACCGGCGGGGCAGACAGCAUGAGCGGUGGCGUCGUGCUGCGCUUGAAGGCCGGCGAGGAGGUCUGGCUGCAGAUGAUGACGAUCAACUUCGGCUUGUACAUCGACGACAAACGGGACGCCGUGUUCAGCGGCUUCUUGCUGUUUGCCGAUUGAGAGCGAGCCGCCUUGCGCAAGGUCGGGCGACGCUUAACUAAUUAACCUGUUCGCAUUUUUAACACUGUACGCGAAGUUGGUCAUCUACGAAAGUGCACGCGGGUCACCGAUGCCCAAGAGGGUUGACGUGGACUUUGCAGGAACGUGGGCGCCAUGACGAAUGACGUUGCCAGUCAACGCAAUUUUAUUCUCUGUGUGCACUCUGUAGCAUUUAGUGGCGCGGCGGUGCGAUGGGUUAGUGAAACGAUCCAUGAACCCCAGGAACUCGAAUUCAAUUCCCCGCCACGGUUAACGUCAUUGGCGAGCGAUAUCCGAACUAUCCCUGGGGUCCUGCCCACUUCACUCACCUGCACUGACGGGCGCGGUGAAGUUUGGCCAAAUAACCCCCAUGACUGGCUUGGCACACGGGGGGGAAGCUUUCAAUCAGCAAUGGAUUGACAGAGGGCUGUGACGACAUCACAUCUACCUGCUCGAUUUAAGACCGAAACAGGAGGAGGAUUCCUCCACAAUUCUGGCUGUCG